AUGGAAGCAGAGAGCACGAGUCACAUAUUACUGAACUGUUCUUUUGCAAGGUCAGGUUGGGAAGGAAUUGGUGUUCGUAUAGAUGAUGCAGUUCAGACCUCUUUUACUGACUGGGCCUUAAAUGUGUUUGAUGAGUGGAAUGUUGCUAAUCGUCAGAUGGGUGCCAUGUUAUGCUGGAAGAUCUGGAAUUGCAGAAACGCGCUAAUAUGGGAUCAGAAAAGUACGGAAGUGCAAGAAGCCGUGUGCUCAGCUAGAGUGGCUCUUAGUCAAUGGAAAGAAGCUCAAGACAGAUUUUUUGACAGGUCAUGGGGACUGUUAGUCCCAGAUGACGGUGAUGAGCUUUGGUCUCCUCCAACUGAAAACAAGACUAAGAUUAAUACUGAUGCUGCGGUUUUUGAAGCUUCAAGCCGAUACAGUUUCGCGUUUGCUGUGCGAAAUCACAAAGGAGAGCUGCUGGAAGCAAGAUCUGUUUGCAAAGAAGGCUGUACUACUCCUGAAUGUGCUGAAGCCAUGGGAAUUCGAGAGGCAUUGAGCUGGAUCAAAGAUAAGCGGAAGACUGACGUUAUAGUUGAAACGGAUUGCUUAGUGGCAGUCCAAGCAAUUCGAGGCAGUGCUCCAAUGACCUCAUAUUUUGGUGCUGUGAUUCAACAAUGCAGAAGCCUCCUGAAGGAGAUGAAAGACAAAGGGGUUUCCCUUAAGUUUGUAAAGCUUUCAGCGAAUAACCUAGCCCAUGCUUUUGCAAGCUGUAGUUAUUCUGUAGCUGAUCGCAUCUGGAAAGCAAACAAAGUUUCUCCAGAAAUUAUCCAUGUACUUGAGAAUGAUUUGAAGUAA